CUCCGCUUCUUCCGUUUCAGAGGAUUUCCGUGUUUACAUGUCUGUCUGCCGCAGCCGCUGAGCCCUCAUGGCUUUCAUCACGAAGAAGGAUCGCAGCAAAGAACGAUUUUCGCUGUUGUUGCUGGAUCUAGAGGAGCAGUAUUUUGAACAGCACAUUGCAUAUAAUUUAACCAACAGAGGUCCUGAGACAAACAGGCGAACUAAUGGCUCAUUAAAAAUCUGUUCCAAAUCAGUCAUUUUUGAACCUGAUGAUGCUGCGAAGCCUAUUUUAAAGAUUCCACUCAAAGACUGCAGUGAAAUAUCGGCAGUGGAGGAAACGACCCAUAACCCAUUUAUAGAAAGUAAACCUGCUUGCAUUGUAAUAAAAACUAAGCAGAUUUAUCAAAUUAAAGAGGAAAAUGUGGUUGCUCCAUAUAAAUAUGAAAGGGGAGAGAAGAAGAUCACUUUCCAGUUGGGGUCACCCAUUAAAACUGAGGAUGUGGUGCAGAUUUUAUUACAGUUACACAGAGCAUCCUGUCUGGAUAAGCAGAGUGACCAGACAGCAAUGAUUGCAGCUAUAUUGCAGUCCAGGUUGGCAAGAACACGCUUCGAUAAGAACAGUUUUCAGAACGUAACUGAACUCCCGCACAUGGAAUGUGAGGCGGAAAUGGUUUCUCCUUUGGUGACGAACGCUGGUCACGUUUGCAUCACCGACUGCAAUCUUUACUUCCAGCCUCUGAACAGCUAUCCUGAUUCAGUGGUGCAGAUUGGGUUACAUAGUGUAAGACGAAUCUACAAGAGGAGACAUGGGUUGAGGCCUUUGGGCCUUGAGGUAUUUUGCACGGAGAAUGAUCUCUGCUCAGACAUCUACCUGAAGUUCUACAAAACUAAAGACAGAGAUGAGCUCUACUACUACAUUGCAACCUUUCUUGAGAACCAUGUAGCAGAACACACGGCAGAGAGCUACAUGCUGCAGUGGCAAAGAGGUCACAUCUCCAACUAUCAGUACCUACUUCAUCUCAACAACUUAGCAGACCGCAGUGUAAAUGACCUUUCCCAGUAUCCAGUGUUCCCUUGGGUCAUCAGUGACUACAGCAGCACACAUUUGGAUUUGCUGAACCCUGCUUCAUUUCGAGAUCUCAGUAAACCGAUCGGAGCUCUGAAUAAAGAGAGGCUGGAGAGAUUAUUGGAACGCUACAGAGACAUGCCUGAGCCUCGGUUUAUGUAUGGCAGCCAUUAUUCUUCACCUGGAUAUGUGCUUUUCUACCUCGUCAGAGUUGCUCCAGAGCACAUGCUUUGUCUACAGAAUGGACGAUUUGAUCAUGCAGACCGAAUGUUUAACAGUAUUGGUGAGACAUGGAAAAAUUGUUUAGAGGGAGGCACAGAUUUCAAAGAGCUGAUUCCUGAGUUCUAUGGAAGUGAUAGCAGCUUUCUGCGGAAUCUGCUUGGACUGGAUCUGGGCAGGCGGCAGGGAGGAGGCAGAGUUGAAAAUGUUGAACUUCCUCUAUGGGCAUCAGAUCCAGAUGACUUCCUGCAGAAAAUGUGUUUGGCACUGGAGAGUCAGUAUGUAUCUGAACACCUGCAUGAGUGGAUUGAUCUGAUAUUUGGCUACAAACAGAAGGGAAGUGAAGCCGUGGCCAGCCAUAACGUUUUCCAUCCAUUAACCUAUGAAGGAGGAGUUGACUGUGAUAGCAUUGAGGACCCAGAUCAGAAAAUAGCCAUGCUGACUCAGAUACUAGAGUUCGGUCAAACACCACGGCAGUUGUUUGUCACUCCUCAUCCACAGAGAAUCACUCCACGCUUCCACAACCUGUCAACAACCCCCAGCCUCAGCAGCAGUGAGCUCUCGCCAGUUUCUCCUAGCAUGGAGUCAUUUGAGGACCUGACUGAGGAAAGUAGGAAGAUGGCCUGGAGCAACAUGAACAAACUUGUCUUGCAGUCUUGCCAUAAAAUACACAAAGAAGCUGUAACAGGCGUUGCCGUGACCCUCAGUGGAGAUUCCAUCUUCACAACAUCCCAAGACUCUACAUUAAAGAUGUUCUCAAAAGAAAAUGGCCUACAAAGAAGUGUGUCCUUCUCCAACAUGGCUCUGUCCUCCUGCCUGAUGCUGCCUGACGAAAAGAUCGUUGUGUGCUCUUCAUGGGACAAUAAUGUUUAUUUUUACUCAAUUGCUUAUGGAAGAAGACAGGAAACUUUGAUGGGUCAUGAUGAUGCGGUUAGUGAUAUUUGCUGGAGGGAUGACAAACUUUACACGGCAUCUUGGGACUCUACUGUGAAGAUUUGGGAAUGUGUAGCUGCUGACAUCUCCAGUAAUAAAAGGACUGAAUUUGUCCGACUUGUUGAAUUUGAGCAUGAGUCUGGGGUUAAUACUUUAGAUCUCAGUCCAGCUGGCACACUUUUGGCAACGGGCACUAAAGAAGGAACCCUCACUGUGUGGGAACUUGGCUACCCUCUGCCUGUCAAUCAGCUGACCUGCCAUUCUGGAAAGAUCCAUCAGGUGGCCUUCAGUCCUGACAGCAGGCAUAUCUUGAGUGUUGGCGAGGACUCGUGUUUGGUGGUCACAGAUGUGCAGACAGGAAUGCUCAUCGCUACUGUACCUGCUGAGCAAGAGCAGAGGUGUUUCUGCUGGGACGGUAACACUGUGUUGUCUGGAGGGAUUUCAGGAGAUCUCAGUGUGUGGAACCUACUUAACAGUAAAGUCGUCCACAAGAUACCUGCUGCUCACUCAGGUCCGGUGACAUGUAUGUGGAUGAAUGAACAGUGCAGCAGUAUCAUCACAGGUGGACUGGACAAACAGAUCAUUUUGUGGAAACCACAGUAUUAGCAGUAAAACAGCUUUCUGACAAAGAACCCUUAUCAAAACUGCAGAGAUAUCAUGGAGAUCUACACCAUACAUACAUGUGUGAAUAUACGCAUAAGUUUUAUGAGAAGGAUUCUUCAUAUAGGGUUUUAAAUAACUAUAAGCGCCAUAACAGUUUUACAUAAAUAUUUAUCCUUUUUUAUUUUUUAGAUCUGAAAAAUGAAAACUAAGCUCAGUUUACUCACUGGAAUGCUUUCACCAAAACACUAUUUGUCUCAGAUCAUUUUAAUAUAAUACAUAUUGUAAUAACAGCUGUCAUGUCCUGCUUGACAUUCAUAAAACAGCAACAAUUCAGUUCAUUCAUUCAAGACAAUCAGUUAUUAUGAUUGUUAUAAGAAUAGUGGUUAUGUCAUUCAUUAGUAUGGCUUCUUUCGAAGAAUAUAAUCAAAUCAAUUAUUAUCAAGGAUAAAAUGAAACAAACAUCUGUGAUCAGUAACUCACCUAUAUCAUUGGUGACUGAGGAAUGUUCACAAGUAGUUCUGGAAGGUUUGCUGCAGUCUGUUCAGUUUUGAAGCCAUAGUUUUGAUGGGGUUUUUGUAAUGUGCCUUAGUUUUUAAUAAUUUGAACUUGAGCUAAAAUAUUAACGGCACUCUUUAAAUAUGCUUGCAUGCUCGGCUAAAAUAACUACAUAAUUAUUACUUAUAAGUUGUAUGACAGUAUAUUUAAAUGAAGGCUAGCGUAAUUCUGCACAUGCUGUAACAUGAUAAAAGAAAUGCAUUCAUAGCCUGUUAAGACAUAAUAAUAUAUAUGUAUAUUCAAAUUUUUAUAUUUCAGAAAGUUAUAACAAUGCCUUGAAAUAUUCCUCUUCAGUGAAGAACAUUUGUGUUUAAUGUAUUACAAGCCAGAUAUUAAGUCAGUAUCACAAGAUUAUGCAAUUUUCUUUAAAACCUCAGUGAGCACACAAGUUAUUAAAGGGAUAGUUCUUAAAAAAAAUUCAUCUUGUUUGUGGAAAAGUUGGUGGGAAAUGUAUUUUUCCCUAUUAGACAGUGUACAGUAAAAUCAAUUUCUUUUCUACGUACACAGGAUCAUUACUUUUUUUAAACUGUCCCUUAGUCUGCAAAUGUUGAUUUUUGUGAACUCUUGUUUUGCCAGUCUACAUGCUAUAUGUAGACUUGAUGUCUUAGUAGUUUAUGUUUACAGUACACUUUAAAAAUGUUGGGUUGUUGUAACAUAAUGUUGGGACAAAUGUGGAAAAACCCAACAUUAGCUUCAUUUUUUUUCCAGUUAAAUUUAAAUUAUAUUUUAACUCAAUAAUUAGGUUUGUUUAUUUCUAACCCAACGUUGGGUUACAACCACCCAGUUUUUAGAGCGUAUGAGUUCAUGACUUAAUGAACACAUUUUCAUUUUUUUAUACUUAUUAGUUUUGGUGUAUUUAAAUAAUUUCCUUUUUUACUUGAGUGUGUUUUAUUGCCUUAUGGGAGAAAAUUGCUGGAAUUCCAAAAUGACUUUGCAAAUGCACAAAUGUUGUUUUUAUGUUGUAGGUGUACUGAACAGAUCGCUUUUCUCCUUGUUCUCUGUAUUAAAUAGUAACAUGUCUAAAUAGGUAGACAAAUAACA